UACCGCUUGAGAAUUGGGUUCGCUACCUUCAUCCAUUUCUUGUCUCACCGAGGGCAGGGCAGCACAUCCGACUCACUGAGAUCUGCCCAAUUUUCUUCAGAUCAUCAUCGUUUUUGUUCGAAUUCCGUCCCAUAUAGAAAAUGGGGUUGUCCUUCACCAAGCUUUUUAGCAGAUUGUUUGCCAAGAAGGAGAUGCGAAUUCUUAUGGUAGGUCUUGAUGCUGCCGGUAAGACCACCAUAUUAUACAAACUCAAGCUGGGGGAAAUAGUGACAACCAUUCCUACCAUUGGGUUCAAUGUGGAGACAGUUGAAUACAAAAAUAUUAGCUUCACCGUUUGGGAUGUUGGUGGUCAAGAUAAGAUCCGUCCAUUGUGGAGGCACUACUUCCAGAACACUCAAGGGCUGAUUUUUGUGGUUGAUAGUAAUGAUCGAGAUCGUGUUGUGGAGGCUAGGGAUGAACUUCAUCGGAUGUUAAAUGAGGAUGAACUGAGAGAUGCUGUGCUUCUAGUUUUCGCAAAUAAACAAGAUCUUCCAAAUGCUAUGAAUGCUGCCGAGAUUACUGACAAGCUUGGACUUCACUCUCUUCGUCAACGCCACUGGUAUAUCCAGAGCACUUGUGCCACCACUGGUGAGGGCCUGUACGAGGGCCUCGACUGGCUCUCCAACAAUAUUGCUAACAAGGCUUAAGAAGAGAAACCAGUAUAACUUUGGUAUCUCGGUCCUUGAAUUGAAGAUCUACAUUUCAGUUUGGGACAUUAGUUGAGAGACACCCUUCCUCUUACUCUCUGAUUACUUGUUUGUGUCAUAAAUAAUUACCUCUGGUUGUUAGGCGCAUUGAGGAUUUGGUCAGUUUGUUAUGAUGGAUGUUAUUAAUUCACUCCUCCUCCAGGGCAACAAAACAAUUGACACAAUUUACAAAAUAAUUACAUCUGUUUAUUUGUUA